UAGACCUAAACGGUUUGUACUGCGGAUUUUUUUCAAACAGAAAAAUAUGUGGUAGGAAAUAUAAUUUUGUUUGCACAAGAAUAUAAUGGUAAAUUAGAAUGCAAAUUUAUGUGUUUAACAAUUGAUAAGCCGUUUUUAUGUAUCUCCCGAUUAAAUGCGGUUAAUAAUUCGAAUUCAUUAAUCGUGCAUCAAUUAAUUAAUUCGCUCGGUGAGUUCCGGCUCGUCGGCAGCGGUGCGUCCUUUUCCUAAAGUUCGAAUAUAAAACAAACAACAUGAGCAAAGUUUGGUUUUUCGUGGGAUUCGUGUUUGUGUCGGUUUACGUGCCCGAAUUCGAAUCAAAGGUAUUUACCAAAUGCGGUUUAACGAAAGAGUUGCUGCAAAAUAAAUUCGACAGGACUCUUGUGGGAAAUUGGGUUUGUCUCAUCGAAAGUGAGAGCGCAAAGAACACUUCCAAAGUUAUUGUCAAAGCUAAUGGAAGUAAAAGUUUAGGACUAUUCCAGAUCAACAGCAAAGACUGGUGCAAAUUUGGUUCAAAAGGAGGAAAAUGUAAUAUAAAAUGCGAAGAUUUAAUUGACGACGAUAUUUGCUUAGACUCAUUGUGUGCCAAACAGAUCUACAAGGAAAUGGGUUUUCGCUUUUGGGAAGGCUGGGUUAGAAACUGCUACGGGAGAAACAUACCAUUUCCCAAUUGCCCAAAUUUAUAAAAUAAAUAUAAAUUAUGUUGUCGCUCUUGUUUAUACCUAUAACCAUAUUUCUAUACCUACCUUAAUCACAUGCUAGUGUACUUAACUAAAGUUAGGUAUGUAAAGAACCGUGCUAAUGUUAUGCGAUACUAUGAUGCAAAUAAAGUAUUAUAAAUAAGUAAAGUAUGGCUUCUUUAAAUUGUAAAUCCUACAGAGGGAGAGACAGAGAAAGAGAGAAAGAGAGAGAGAGAGAGAGAGAGAGAGAGAGAGAGACAGAGCGAGAGAAACAGAUAAUAAAAAAUAAUUUUUUCAGUGCGGUUUUCUCAAAAAAUUAUUUGUCAAAUAUGGGCAUUUGAAGCACUUUCAAUUCGUAAUUACAAAAGUAAUAUAAAUUAAAAGGUGAAAAUAUAAAAACAUAGGUAUGCGCUGUCUGUCUAUGAUUAUUUUGACCACCCUGGAAUAAACAGAAUUCGGUAAUGGAUACUCACUUUACGUGAAGUUUCACGAAUCAGCUAUUGACGUAUAAAAACUUAAAAAGCUCAAAAGCAGACGAUUGUGGUAAAUGUCAUUUUGGGGGAAUUUUCGAUAUGAAAAUUGUUUUCUACUAUUGUUUUAUGAAAUAGACCGUUUCCCGGUAAAUUUAUUUCCAAAAUUUUCUUAAUCAUUAUCAUUCAUCAUCAUUAUCAAUGGAACGUUUUUAGGAAGUCGAUAAUAAAAAAGUUUUGAUGACCGUUCAACAUUUAAUUCCAAGCAGUUUGGAACCAUCAUGGAGGACUAGAAAUAUGAAGUGGGAAGGUGUGCAUGACAAUAAAUAUUUUGCGUGGUCAAUUUGAUGAUUACGAUGCACGUCAUAAAUCUUAAGAGGUGUCUACUGAAAAAAAAAACAUGUUUUAUUCAUUUUGGAUUUAAUAUUCGAAAGCCAAACAGUAGCAAAACUAACCAAAACUCGUAAAAACACAAGCUCUACGAAAAUUAUAAUUGUUUUUCAGAUGAUUUUAAAGUAAAAAUUAUUCGCUAAGGAUGUUUUAAGCAAGUUAGGUAUUAAAAUAUACUAUAUUAGAAGUUAUAAAACUACCUACGUAGACAUUUCAUUUGGUUUUAAAAAAAUAUUGGAAUAUUGGAAAACACAAUUUCUACCAAGGUCUUUAGACAAAUGGACAGGACUAAUUAAGAGAAAUUUAUUUUGGUUAUUAAAUACGUAGACAUAUAUUUCAAUAAUAUUUGUUUCAAAAAUUUAAAGAGUUAAUUUAUUAAGGACAUCAUCGGCGGCCGCUUGUUGGCCGAUAAGCAAUAUACGACAAUUUUAAAAACCAUUUAGCCGGUCUGGAUUCAGCAUAUAACUUAAGUUUCUUCAUUUGAAAAAUGGUGGUUAUGAUGAUGCGUUUAACAAUAUGGGUGGAAUGUAUUAAAUAUGAAUAAAAAUAAAUUUAAUAAACGCCAAUUUUGCGAGGAAUGCUUCCAUUACCCUAAACCGCAUAUUUUUGAACGAAAUAAAAGAUGACACUUAUGUGACAUCGGAAAUUAAUUUGUUUUUGUGAUUUUCCUAACAAAGGAAAUUAAAGGUGGUGACAUUGUAUGAUGGUUCUUGCAUUUUCUAUUAUGAUUUCUGAUUUGCAUAUUUUCUAAUAUUUAUCGUUUCAUAGCAGUGCAUAUUUUGUAUUUACACUAUACAGUGUAUUUGAAGUAUAUCUAUGGUAUUGUGACGGCAAUUAUUUAAAUAAUAAAUAAAACACAGGGAUAAACUUUUAAGGUGAUUUAAAAAUAUAAAGAUUAAAUGUCAUGUCAUUCCGGUAUAAUAAAGUCACAUUAGUAUACGAUCAGACCACAUUAUAUAUAAAUUAUCAAAUUAUCAAUUAUCUAAAUAAGUACGUUUUUAUUGAAAAUCUAAUCCCGUUCCACUGAUUAAGUAAUCAUAAAGAUUAAUUAAAAUGGGGUCUAUGUUAUUUUGUAUACAAGUUUUAAAAUGUGUGUAUACCGUAUUUUUCAGCCCUCAUCAUGUUAUGUUAUUAAUUAUAUAAUAUUUUAAUUAAGUUUAUUACACCGGGACUAACAUUUUCUGCUCUCGCAUUCGAUUUUAAUUGGUGCCGAUAAUGAGGUGGAAUAUACAACGAUAUAGAAGAAAACAUAAAACACAAUUCCCUAUCUGUUCAGCUAAACUAUCACAUUGAUUUCUAAUGGUAUCUGAGUUUAACAGUUCCAAAAAUGCCUUUUUUGUUCUUUGUUUUAUGCAUUAUUCGGUUGUGCUAGGUUGAGUUUUUUUGUCUAUUUUGCGGUGUUUAAAUUCUAUUUUACAAAUAUCUCAAUGCUGGCACUUCUAAUAACUAUAUUGGUUUAUCCAAAGAAUAAUCUGGUUUUGAUAAAGAUAAUAUUUUCCUUCUGAUCAGAUCUUUAUCACUAUUCUCCGGGAUUAAUAUCGAGAAUCACUACGUUAUUUUCUUUCAUUCAAUGAUUCACUGUUAACAAUAUCAUUUAUCGAGGAUAUUGGUGUUUUUACAAGUAUGCAAGUUUCUUUUAAAGCUUCUUGUUUCAUGAAUCCUCUGUUAAUUAAACACUAAUACACAUUUUUCACAACUGUUUCGCAUCUAAUGAUGCGAUUUCGAAGCGACAUAAAAAUUAGUGAUAUAUUCGGUAAAACGCUGCCACUGAUGUAAGCUGACACGUGGUCUACAUGAUUCGCCCUUAUCUUGUUCCUUGCCUAUGAAGAAAUUAUUGGUUUUUGGGUUUAUCCAGCAACAACAGGUAAGAAGGUCGUAAUUACUUUCUGGGGGUAAAGCGUGUUACAAACACUUACCUUAUUGUCACAUACAGUGUGUGAUCAGAAUGCGAAUUUGAAAAACCACGAUAUUGUUACUUAUCGGUGGCAUAAAUAAAAUAUCAAAAUUAUACAAAGCAUUAUAGCAAAGCAAUAAUAGACACUUUUUU